AUGGAUGAAAGCCGACCUUUGUCCAUGUUCCGCUGUGAACAGAUUGAAAGUAGCAAAUUGGCAAAGGAGUGGAUGGAAUGGAAGCUUGCUCUUGAGUGUUAUUUCGAUUCGUAUCAAAUUACGGAUCAAAAGCUCAUGCGAUCGAAGAUGUUGCAUUUAGGGGGACCUCAACUUCAGAAAGUAUUUCGGAAUCUGGAAGGUACUGAAGAUUUUCCGAUGGUGCUGCUCGAGAAGCCGUGGUACAAUCACGCAGUAAACAAACUCGAUUCAUAUUUCAAGCCACGUCGUCAGAACGUAUUGGAGAGGCAUAAGCUACGAAACAUAAAACAAGGUCCUAACGAGCGGUUCGCACAUUUUGUAUUACGGUUGAGACAACAACUGUCAGAUGGUGGUUUGGAAAAACACAGUCGAGAAGUACGAUGUGUUUUGGAGGAGAUUAUGUUGACUGACGUCAUCAUUGAGGGAUGCACAUCACAAGAACUUCGUCGGAAAAUUUUAGAAAAAGAUCAGUCAGUAGCAGACAUUGAGGCCUUAGGUGAAUCCUUAGAAAGUGUGCGGAUACAGGAGAAGGAAAUGACCAGUAACUCAAGCUCUCAUGGUGACGCUGGAACAUUGGUAGUUCGAAAGGUACAAAGGUUCGUCAGUGGCAAGGCUGAACGAAAGCAAGAUCGAGUGAUUAACCGUUAUUUUGGUAAAACAUCUACGAACGGAAGUGGAAAUGAAUCGAGAACUCUCUGCUAUGCAUGUGGAAAAUUUGGACACAUCUCAAAGGCCGAAAAUUGCCCGGCAAAAGGUCAAAAAUGUCGUCGGUGUCAGAUUGUAGGACAUUUUGAGAAGGUUUGCCGUAAGCGGCACAUGCAGCAUCAGCGUACAGACUCUUCAAAGGUAAGAGCUAUUGAUGUUGAAGUCGAAGCUACAUCUCAUGAAAAGGAAGUCUCCGAUUAUUGCCCUGACAAGAAAGUGUACUACACCUUCCACACUGGAAAUAGAACAAAUGAAAUUAAGUGUCGCAUUGGAAGGGUACCUGUUGUUAUGUUCGUCGAUUCCGGUUCAGAUGUGAACUUGGUUACUGCCGAAACAUGGGAGAUGUUGAAAGUGAGCAACGUAAUAAUACAUAAAUGUACGAAAGGAAGCAAGAAAAUCCUUAAGGCAUACGGUAGCGAUGAACCGCUAGAAAUUCUUGGGACUUUCGAAGCAACCGUGGAAGUAGAUGAGCGCCAUGUCGACGCGGAAUUCUUCGUUACAGCGAAGGGACAACGAAAUUUGCUUGGAGAUGCUACAUCUAAACAAUUAGGUGUCCUGAAAAUUGGGCUAGAGGUGAAGCAAGUGGUCAGUGGAAUUAACGCACCAUUUCAAAAAAUUAAAGGCGUUCUGGUGCACAUAGAAAUGGACCCAAAAGUCAACCCAAUUUAUCAAUCACUGCGUAGAAUUCCAAUUGCCCUGGAGAACGCAGUCAACAGAAAGCUUGAUGAUUUGCUGGCACGGGAUAUUAUUGAGGAGAAGAAAGGCCCUGCCACUUGGGUAUCCCCAUUAGUAGUCGCAAAUAAGGCUAACGGUGAAAUUCGGCUAUGCGUGGACUUACGUCGUGUUAAUCAAGCAGUGAUCAGAGAACGCCAUCCUAUGCCCAUUGUUGGAGAUGUUUUGGCUAAAAUAGGCAGAGAAAAUGUGUGGAGUACUCUGGAUAUAAAAGAUGCUUUUUUUCUAUUAGAGCUCGAUGAGAAGUCCAAAAACAUUAUGACUUUCAUCACGCACCGUGGACUCUAUCAAUUCAAGCGCCUUCCUUUUGGUUUGGUCUCUGCACCUGAGAUCUUCCAACGUACCAUGGACGGUAUCCUAGCGGAUUGUGAGGGCGCUUACUGGUAUCUCGAUGACGUAGGAGUAGAAGGAAAAACAAUCGAGGAACACGAUGCGCGAUUGGAUAAGGUAUAA